CGGCGCCCUCACUUCCUGGCAUUUCCCCCUCCCCCUCCUCGCCGUUACCCUGUACAUCCGGGUCACUUGCCCUCCCUGCUCUGAGCCGCUGCUGCCGCUGCUGCUAGGGUCGUCGCGGCUCCGCCACAGGGGCAGGUGCGGAGGGGCUCCGGGUCCGGCCGCCGCUGCCUCUCCCCGCUCCGGGGCCGGGGCUCCCCCUAGCGCCGCUGAGGAGCCGCCAGAGCGGCUCGUGGAGGGCGGAGGAGCGGCGCUGAAAGUCUGGAGGCUCGAGCGCAGGAUAGAAGGACAAGGAGAGAAUCACCAGCACUGGCUGAAGGUACCUUAACAUGGGGAAUCUUCUUAAAGUUUUGACAUGCACAGACCUUGAGCAGGGGCCAAAUUUUUUCCUUGAUUUUGAAAAUGCCCAGCCUACAGAGUCUGAGAAAGAAAUUUAUAAUCAGGUGAAUGUAGUAUUGAAAGAUGCAGAAGGCAUCUUGGAGGACUUGCAGUCAUAUAGAGGAGCUGGCCAUGAAAUACGAGAGGCAAUCCAGCACCCAGCAGAUGAGAAGUUACAAGAGAAGGCAUGGGGUGCAGUUGUUCCACUAGUAGGCAAAUUAAAGAAAUUUUAUGAAUUUUCUCAGAGAUUAGAAGCAGCGUUACGAGGUCUUCUGGGAGCCUUGACGAGCACCCCUUACUCUCCCACCCAGCACCUGGAGCGCGAGCAGGCUCUUGCUAAACAGUUUGCAGAAAUUCUUCAUUUCACUCUGCGCUUUGAUGAGCUCAAGAUGACAAACCCUGCCAUUCAGAAUGAUUUCAGCUACUACAGGAGGACAUUGAGUCGGAUGAGGAUUAACAACGUUCCGGCAGAAGGAGAAAACGAAGUAAAUAAUGAGUUAGCAAAUCGAAUGUCUUUAUUUUAUGCUGAAGCAACCCCAAUGCUGAAGACCUUAAGUGACGCCACCACAAAAUUUGUAUCAGAGAAUAAAAAUUUACCAAUAGAAAAUACCACAGAUUGUUUAAGCACCAUGGCUAGUGUGUGCAGGGUCAUGCUUGAAACACCGGAGUACAGAAGCAGGUUCACAAACGAAGAGACGGUGUCCUUCUGCUUGAGGGUAAUGGUGGGCGUCAUAAUCCUCUAUGACCAUGUACAUCCAGUGGGAGCAUUUGCCAAAACUUCAAAAAUUGACAUGAAAGGUUGUAUCAAAGUUCUUAAGGACCAACCUCCAAAUAGUGUAGAAGGUCUUCUAAAUGCUCUCAGGUACACAACAAAACAUUUGAAUGAUGAGACUACCUCCAAGCAAAUUAAGUCCAUGCUACAGUAACAGUUCCGGGAGAAGCGCCUGGUGUUCGGCAGUGACUGAGGGAGCGCACUUCUUCAGUGGCUGCAUUUACCCUCUCAGUUACUCUUGCUUUUUAUUUCUCCCUCUGCUCCUCUCCCUCUUUUUUAAUCAUGUUCUUGGUCAAGACUUCUUUUCUGUGCCAAAAUCAAUAAAGUGAUAGCGGAAGGGAUAGUAUCCUUUCAAACAGGCCAUCUGAGGCAGCUAAUUACGCAUUGCAUCGGGGUCUCUACUGAGAGAAAUUCUGUGACUUGAACUAAAUAUUUUUAAAUGUGGAUUUUUUUUGAAAACUAAUAUUUAACAUUGCUUUUCCUGCAUGGCAAAACUGCCUAUUCUGCUAUGUACAAACCCUCAAUGACUUUAUUUUCUACUGCCGCUUUUUUCAUGUGCAGCCAAAAUGAAAAUGUUUAAAUUAACUGUGUUGUACAAAAUGGUACCCAACACAAACUUUUUUUAAAUUAGUAAGACUUUUGUUUAAAGUUUGAAGUUUGCAUUUUGACUUUUUUUGUAAGGAUAUAUGUUGUGUGUUUAACCUUUAUUAACUAAUGUUAAAGCUGUGAUGUGUGCGUAGAAUAUUACGUAUGCAUGUUCAUGUUCCAAGAAUGGCUGUUGAUGAUAAAAUAAAGAUCAGCUUUCAUUUUUCUAAGUGUGGCUUGCUUUACUGAGGUUUUGAUUUUAGGCUUCUAAAAGUUUUUCUUCAUGUCUAUUUUUACAGAAUGUAUAUAUGCGUAGGGUUUUCCCUUCUAGCGGAGAGCCAGGUCUUUCAAUAGUAUUUUUCUUCCUCAUUGUUUAGGUACAUCAUUUUAAUUGCCUCUGAAAUCUUGGUAUGUACAGUGAGGCUCAAGAUCUUGUCAUGAACUUGAGUUUUAUUCUCAUUUUGCUCUUGUGUGGCUCUGGGAAUAGAAGGAGAACUACACUCUUACUUGACUCUCAGCUCCCAGGAGUGAGGGCAGCAACAUAAAGAAAAGUGCAGAUGGAGGUGCAUCCUUGAACACUGAAGAAGUGAGGGAAGAGGACUGGUGAGGAGAAAGUGGAAGGUACCAGGAGCCCACUGGUGGUAGGAAACUAACAUCUUUGGCAUAAAAUCUGAAUCUCAUGGCUGAAGAAGCUGCUUGAUGGUUACCAUGGUCCAGCCAUGCUGGUGGUUUAAUAAGAAUAAUAUCUGAGGUAUAA